AUGGCUCUUGCUACCCGCCACGCGGCAGACGGCGCUAGAGUGCCGGUUUGGGUCGAACUGGGCCGAAGUAAAGUUGCUGCAGAUUUUGAAGAUGGACAGUAUGAUGGGUUGCUUGUUGGAGAUAGUGGAUAUGCUCUCUCCAAACAUCUUAUGGCACCUGUGUUCCGACCCCACACAGGAGCCGAAUCGCGCUACAAUGGAGCCCAUAUUACAACCAGAUGUGUAAUAAAGCGAGAGUUCGGUGUUUGGAAGAAACGUUUCCAAAUUCUCACUAAAACAAUGCGAUUUAAACCAAACAAGUGUGGGAAAGUUAUUGUGGUUGCUACAGUUCUACACAACUUUGGAAUAGGAGUUAGAGAUGUGUUUCACCCUGAUGCUGUGGAGGUGAAUGACAUUGAACAAUAUGCAUUUGAGCCAGAAGCAGAUGCUGCAGGCCAAGCUGUCAGAAGGUCUGAUAUACUUAAAUACUUCAAUUAA